AUGACCAUCAAGCAAUGGGAGGAUGAGAUGCUGAGGUCUUACAUUACCCGCUUUAACAAGGAGGCCCUCUCGAUUGAUGAAGCUGACAACAAAAUACUCGUGGCUGCGUUUACCAAUGGGUUAUGGAAAGGGAAGUUUUUGUUUUCCUUAUACAAAAACGACCCAAAAACCAAGUCAGACGUACUUUAUAGGGCUACUAAGUACAUGAAUGCGGAAGACGUGUUACUAGCUCGAGAAGAGAAGCCCAAGAAGAGGGAAAGGCAAGAAGAUACCCAACAAGAAAGGGGACGGAAGAUGGCUAGAACCGGAGACCAAUGGGAGGAUAGGCGCUUCAAACCCCCCAUUGGAAGGUUCACUAACUUCACCCUGCUGAUUGCCCCGAUUGAUCAGGUGUUGAUGCAGAUAAAGGACAACACGGCCUUGACAUGGCCUGGCAAGUUAAAGGGAGAUCCUAACAAGAGGUCCAGGGACAAAUACUGCUGCUUUCAUCGGGACCACGGUCAAAACACGUCCGAAUGUUAUGACCUAAAGCAGCAGAUUGAAGCCCUUAUUAGACAAGGGAAACUAUAG